UUGGGCAGCGCUGGCAGCCGCCGCCCGCCCGUCCGUCCUCAGCGGGCAUGGAGUGAGCGAGGUGUCGGGGGCUUUCCCGCCUGAGAGCUGAGAAACAGGUUCAGAGGGGAAAACAACACCAGUAUGGAACAGUGUUUAUAGACCAUCCACAAACAGAAGGAAAGAGAAGACCUGCCAUUUAAAGAAAAAAAGAAGUGCUGCAUAUACAAAUCCUCAAUCAGCAGGAAUGGCAUUAACAAAGGAUUCAUUUGAACGGAUUAAGUGGCUUAUCACAGCUGCCUGGUGGAUGCUGAUUAUUUUUUCAACUCAAGGAAUUGAUGGGGGAGGAUAUGCAUAUAUUGAUCCAUGUGGGGGACAGGAUUGUUCAGUUUGUCGGUGCUUUCCAGAAAAAGGAUCAAGGGGUCAGCCUGGUGAGCUGGGAGCUCAAGGUCCGAUUGGGUCCUUGGGAUCUACAGGACCAGCUGGUCUGCCAGGGGAGAAAGGACAGAGAGGUGAGAAUGGGAAGCCUGGGCCAGCUGGAGAAAAAGGUGAUAAGGGCCCAACCGGAGUCCCAGGAUUUCCUGGUUUAGAUGGUGUUCCUGGCCUCCCAGGAAGGGAAGGACCCAGAGGCAAGCAUGGUUUGGACGGCUGCAAUGGCUCGAGGGGAGACCCAGGAUUCCCAGGAGAAAGCGGUUAUAUGGGACCAAGAGGUCCUUAUGGAAUUCCAGGGCAAAAAGGAGAAAAAGGAAAUUCAGUGUAUAUUUUACAUUUUGGAAAAGGACUUCCGGGAGAGAGAGGUGAUCCUGGACCCCCUGGCCUGCCUGGACCUAGGGGCUCAAGAGGUACAACGGGCCCAUCUGGAUACCCAGGCCAUCCAGGCUUGCCUGGUGUUCCAGGUUACCCUGGUUUGCCAGGUGAACAGGGAAAUCCAGGAAUUGGAGUGGAUGGACAAAAGGGGGAGCCGGGUGACAUUGGACUGCCUGGGCCCCCUGGGUCACCACUGUUAGUUGGACCUCCUGGAGCUCAGCUGUUCAAAGGACAAAAGGGCCAAAAAGGAUUACCUGGAGUAACAGGAUACAGAGGGCCACGUGGACCCAAAGGCAUACUUGGGAGAGGAGAAAAAGGUGAAAAGGGCCUUCCUGGAUUCCCUGGAUUGCGGGGUCAUCCUGGUUCUUAUGGACCUGCCGGUUCUCCUGGAAUGAAGGGUGAAACAGGAUUUGCUGGUUUUCCUGGACAACCUGGCUAUCCAGGCAUUCAGGGGGAUCCAGGAGAAAAAGGGCCCCCAGGUCCUCCUGGAACUGUUGGAACUCCACUGCUUCCUAUAAAAGGUCCACGAGGAGAUCCUGGAUUUCCAGGUCCUGUUGGUGAAAUGGGGUCAGUUGGACCAAUUGGUCCUUCAGGCCUUCUAGGAAGACCAGGAUAUGAUGGAACAAGUCUUCCUGGCCUGCCAGGAGUAAGUGGGGCACCAGGACCUCAAGGUUUUCAAGGGGACCCUGGUUUGCCUGGAACAGGUGAAUUAAUCCCAGGAAGACCGGGAUUUCCUGGACCACCAGGCCUACCAGGGCAGCCAGGAAGACAAGGCUUACCUGGACUACCCAGUGUAAUCUGUACUGACAGAGGGAUCCCUGGAGAACCUGGACCAAAAGGUCAGAUUGGCCUUCCAGGAAGAAAAGGGGCAAAAGGAGAGAAGGGAAGUCAAGGCCUCUGCUCAUGUAGUGCUGGUCCUCCUGGUGCCCGUGGUGUGCAAGGACCUGCAGGUAUCCCAGGAAGGAAAGGACAAAUGGGAUCCCCUGGAAGACACGGAGAAAAGGGUGACCCAGGCUUAUCUGGUGCAGUGGGAUCACCAGGGCUCCCUGGGACUCCUGGUUCUGCUGGACAGCCUGGGGAAAAAGGAGAGAAGGGUGAUCCAGGAAGAGUUAGAAUAAAAGGAUUGAAGGGUGAAAGAGGACCUACUGGGCUUCCAGGAUUUCCAGGCCAAAGAGGUCUUGAUGGCAGAGAUGGGGAACUAGGAUUGCCGGGGGAAAAAGGAGCUGAGGGCGAUUCUGGAGUAGCAAUUCCGGGUGAUAAAGGAUUCCCUGGGCUCCCAGGACCUCCUGGGGUAAAAGGCCAGAUGGGAUUGCCUGGCCUGGGGCUUCCUGGGUCUCCAGGAGCCAGAGGUAGCCCUGGAGACUUUGGUGACAUGGGGAAUGUUGGGCCACCUGGUCCAAAAGGCCAGAAAGGUGAAACUGUCUGCAUUACAUCACCAUAUCCUGGAAAUCCAGGUCCCCCAGGUUUUAAAGGUGUUCAAGGACAAAAAGGUUUAAAAGGACUCCCUGGGCAUCCUGGACCAAAUGGCUUUGAUGGGCAAAAAGGCAAUCGAGGAAGGCCAGGAGCAGGAAUCCCUGGGCCAGAAGGCUUUCGAGGCACAGCUGGUGAUCCUGGUGAUGAAGGUGAAAGAGGAUCUACAAUUGAUGGCAGAAAUGGCUUUCCAGGUCCACCUGGCCCAGAUGGUCAGAAAGGUCUUCCAGGUGACACCACAUAUGGCCCUCCAGGAAUCCCAGGCACCAGGGGACUGCCAGGACCCCCUGGUGCACAGGGAGCAAGGGGUAAUCCAGGCAUUCCUGGACUUCAAGGACAACCUGGUACCCCAGGAUUUCCAGGUGCCAAAGGCUUUAGAGGCCCAGAAGGUGAUGUAGGAGCACCAGGCUGCCCGGGCUUCCCUGGCUCACCAUGUGUCCCAGGCUUACCAGGACCACCUGGACUCAGAGGUGUCAUGGGCCUGCCAGGACCUCAAGGCUUACCAGGCUUUAAAGGUCAGAGGGGAGACAGGGGCCUGGCUGGGCCCCCUGGAAUCAAAGGCCUCAAAGGCUCUCUGGGCUCACAAGGUCUCCCAGGUCCUCCUGGCUCACGAGGUACCCCAGGACUUCCAGGAAAUAGAGGGCCUGUUGGCUUCCCAGGAGAAACAGGAAGCAAAGGCAUUCAAGGACCCCAGGGAUUCCCAGGACUCCCAGGAAUACAAGGCCCAAUGGGAAUCUUUGGUGUAAAAGGUGAAGAAGGAAAAAUGGGUCUACCUGGGCCUAGUGGAGAAUGUGGAGAUAUGGGAAUGAAAGGUGAGAGGGGGCCUCCAGGAGACAGCGGCUGCGUUAACCUCCGCCUGGAGAAGGGCCAGAGGGGGGACCCAGGCUUUCCUGGGGAGCACGGACUGAGAGGUGACACAGGUGAAAAAGGCAAUACUGGUUUCAGAGGCACACGAGGAUUUCCAGGAAAGAAUGGUGUUCCAGGACUACCAGGUGACCAAGGUGACACUGGAGUGAUGGGGUUUCCAGGAUCACAGGGUUUGCCUGGACCAAAGGGCCUUCGAGGAAUGACAGGUUUUCAAGGAGAACCAGGUGACCAGGGUGAUGUUGGCUUACCAGGAAACCCUGGAUAUCCAGGACUGACUGGCUCCAAAGGAUGUAAAGGCAAGAGAGGUGACCCAACUCCUCUGCUUGGUACACACGGUCAGAAAGGGCCUGUGGGAGAUCCAGGAUUGCCAGGACUUAGUGGAUUUCCAGGGGAAAAGGGUUUACCGGGUAUCCAAGGACAGCCUGGAAGACCAGGAUCUAAGGGUGACCCAGGAUAUCCAGGGCCACCUGGAUUACCAGGAGCAACAGGUCCUCAAGGAUUGCCAGGAGAACCUGGAGAAAAAGGGAAACCUGGAAUUUUGGGACCUCCAGGAUUGCAAGGGUUACCUGGAUCUCAAGGUAGAAAAGGUCUUCCUGGACUGCCUGGACUGGAUGGCUUGGAUGGACUAAAAGGUCAAAAAGGUUCUGCAGGAGCUCCAGGUCAGAGUGAGACAGGGCCCCCAGGAUACUCAGGAGAAAUUGGACCAAAAGGAGACAGAGGUGAUCCUGGAUGGCCUGGUAUUUCUAUUCCAGGCCCCCCUGGAGAAAGGGGAUUCCCAGGAUUUCCAGGUAGAAGAGGACCUGUUGGACCCACUGGACCUAUGGGAAGAUCUCCUGAUAGUGCCUCCCCUGGUCCUCCGGGUGAUCAAGGAUUACCUGGUUUAGAUGGCAUCAGAGGUGAUCCUGGGAAUCCUGGUCCUCCCGGAGAGACGAUCUUUGUGCGAGGAGAUCCAGGUGACAGUGGUGUUCGAGGGGCACCAGGUAAUCCUGGGCCACGAGGACAGCAGGGAGCCAGAGGCCCUCCAGGGAGCCAAGGAAGAGCAGGCCCAAAGGGUCCUAUGGGGGUCCAUGGCCCACAGGGUCCACCUGGUGCUUUAGGACAACAAGGAGACCAAGGUUUUCCAGGAAGACCUGGUCCCAGAGGUCCCACAGGUGACCCUGGUGAGCCAGGGAAAGUGGAUGAUUCAUGCCCUACCAUCCCAGGGCCUCCUGGGGAAGCAGGGCAAAGAGGAGAGGAUGGCUCUGCAGGAUUACCAGGGCCAAUAGGCCACCCUGGACCCCAAGGCAUAAAAGGUGAAGAAGGAUCAUAUGGCCUGCCAGGUAAAGAUGGGUUACCUGGGGCACCUGGACCACCAGGUGACCAAGGGAGCCGAGGAGAGCAAGGAUAUGCUGGGCCACAAGGUCCACCUGGCCAGACUGGUGUCCCAGGACAACCAGGCCCCCAGAUUAGAUCUGCAAGUGGAUUCUUGCUCGUCCUUCACAGUCAGUCAGACAGAGAACCACUCUGCCCACAGGGGAUGCCAAAGUUAUGGACUGGCUAUAGUCUGCUGUACCUGGAGGGACAAGAGAAAGCCCAUAAUCAAGAUCUUGGCCUGGCAGGGUCCUGCCUGCCCGUGUUCAGUACCAUGCCCUUUGCCUACUGCAACAUCAACCAGGUGUGUUACUACGCCAGCCGCAAUGACAAGUCCUACUGGCUGGCCAGCGCGGCCCCGCUGCCCACGGCGCCGCUGUCCGAGGAGGAGAUCCAGCCCUACAUCAGCCGAUGCGCCGUGUGCGAGGCCCCUGCACAGGCCGUGGCACUGCACAGCCAGGACCAGUCCAUUCCCCCCUGCCCGCCCAGCUGGAGGAGCCUCUGGAUAGGAUACUCGUUUCUGAUGCACACUGGAUCUGGUGACCAGGGUGGUGGACAGUCCCUUAUGUCCCCCGGAAGCUGCCUGGAAGACUUCAGAUCAGCACCAUUCAUCGAGUGCCAGGGCCAGCGGGGAACGUGUCAGUUCUUUGCUAAUGAAUACAGUUUCUGGCUCACCACCGUGAUGCCUGAGCUGCAGUUUGCAUCAGCCCCCCUGUCAGGGACUCUUAAAGAAGGACAAGAGCAGAGGAAAAAAAUCAGUAGAUGCCAGGUAUGCCUGAAGCAUGGCUAAGAAGCAAAGCAAAAGCAGGCAGCUACAGAGAGAGGCUUAGGGGAGGAUGAGCAAAGGUUUAAACAGCAGCUCGUGUUUCAAUCUGUGUCAAAGUGUGGAGCACUGUUCUUUGUUGGAAUGGAAAAAUAAGACACAGAUGAGGGAUGUGCUGAGCCUCAUCUGCCCAUGUACACACAUCCACAGGCAGUAAAAUCUCAUGUAAAAUUAUUCAGAAAAGACAAAACUCUGUCCCACUGGAGUCCACUGCUGUAAAGCACAGGGAACAAGGUGAGCUUGGAGGAUUUAGUCAAUCUGGGAAGACCAAGGACACCAUACCUGUUGUGCAAGAGAAUGGAUUUCCUGUCACAAAUGGUAUUUACAGCAGGAAGAAUAUGUGCAUUUACAUGGCAUAUUAUAAAUAUUUGUCCGUACCAAUAGAAAUGUGCAAACAUAUAGAUGUCAAAGCUCUGUAGCUGAAUUUCCCAAGCUAAAGAAACUUUGCACUUGCUGUUUCUGAGGGAAGGGAAAAAUGUAAUUGUUAAAAAAUAAUCUAAUAAUAAAAACAAUGAAGAUCAAAGUCUUUUCCCAUUGCAGUACUGAACCAGACUGAAAGAACUGUUAAUUGGGCUUUCAUAAGCAACAAAAAGCUGCAAAUCCAUUUAACAGGAGAUUAUGUAAGAAAAUAAAAUUAGCUGUGAUAACAAAUCCUUAAAAACCUGUAUUUAUAUUUACAAUUAAUUUCUAAGAGCAGUUACAUUAAAUUAUUAAACUCUAAUCCAAGUUUCUGAAGAAACAAAGCAAUUUCUAGUAUUAAUUGAAAAGAAACAGUGACAUGGGGAUAAAAUGGGUGAACUUAUCUGAGUGAUGAAUAUAAGAAG